CUAUGAUAUUCUUCUAAAUAAUAAAUUUCCUAUGUCAAAAUGUCCCUAGUUAAUUCGAAUUAUAAUUCGUCAUAUAAUAGGGAUAUUUUAUAUGGUAUGAUAUAUGGUAACUCUUAGUGUAGAAAUAAUAUCACUUAUGACUAACUUCAAGAAAGUUUAUUCGUAUGGAUUCGGACAUUACGAUACUGUAUUACGAUUCGAAUAGUUUACAUUCUGAGAUAGAAGAAGUGAGUGUAGUUUUAUGAUGGAAGGAGGUGGAGUACUUACAGCAGAACGCAGUCCAGCACGUGCAAAUUUGCAUGUAGCUUUUACUGAAAAAGGAGAAGUAAAGGAACGCAGGGAAAAAUUUUUAACAGCUAAGUAUGGAUCUCAUCAGAUGUCUCUUAUUCGUAAAAGACUUGCAGUUGAAAUGUGGUUGUUUGAUGAGUUAGAAAAAUUAUAUGAAUCAGUUAAUGAAAGUGGUAAAAAUCGAGAAGUUGAAAUUGAUAUAGAUGAACUUCUUGAUAUGGAUAGUGAUGAACAUAGACGAAGAUUUUUGCAAGAAUUACUAGUUGAUACAAAGAAACCACCACAUGAUAUAAAUAAAUUCAUUAAUGAUUUACUUGAAAAAGCUAAAACACUUUGAAGAACUUCUGUGUUCUUCUUAACACUUAACGUGUUUGCAAGGACUUUUUUGAAGCAUUAAUAAAUUUGCUCAGAUUUGGAACGAGUCAAAGACAUAUUCAAGCCUUAACGAGUUGCGCACAACUCGCGACUCAAAUGCCACUUUAUUAUACUUGGAUCGAAUUUAAUGAGGAAAAGAAAAAAAGAAAAAAUCCAUCAAAUGACUUUGCACAUUUUUAUUCUAGCGUAUAUUAUUUCAUAUUGAAAUCGUAAGCAUUAGUAUCUGACUUAUCUCAGUACAACGGCUAACUUUGUUAGUUAUUUAUGUGCGCAUCGCAUAUCAAGUAAUAAACCUCACAGUACACGGAACUGCCUUGCUGUACGAUCCAUCCAAUGUGAUGUAUAGUAGAAAACAUUCUUCUACAUUCUAGUUUUGUAUGCAUUCUAUACUCCAUUGUUCGUAGUAAUAUUUAUGUUAUUAAGAAUGAUUAACUAACAAAAUAUUUCCAAACUGUAACUAUACCAAAUAAUUUCUAUGCAUAUCCUAUGUUUAUUGAAUUAUCCCAACUGAGAAUAUGAUUAGGUUAAAAUAAUCAAUUUUUUUUAUAUUGUAGUGUAAUGAAUUAUUACAACUUUUUAUUUAUUUUAGAAGAUAUUUUAAGAAGAUUAGAUAUGCAAAAUUUCGCAUCGAAUGCUUAUAUUAAUUAAAAAAAAAAAAAAAAAAGAAAAUCUGUUUGAUAAUAUAAUAAAAGCGUGUAUGUUUCAGAUGAUAUUAUCACUGGCAUAGUAAUAAUUAAAACGUGGAAAUGACACCUAUCGUUGCUCCAGAACCGAAUCAGUAUUGAAAAUUAUUAUGAAGUAAAAAUUUAUUCUAUUGUAAGUUUUAUUAUGAUUCUUUUUUCCUUUUGAAUAACAGUUGAUUAAAAUUCGAUAGAAGUUUUUGUUAAGUCGUUAAAAAAAAAUAUAAACAUUCCUAAAUAAAAAAGAUUAAAAUUUUUAGAUUCUAAUAUUGUAUCGAUAAUCUUUUUAAAUACUUUAUUAUUUAUAUAAUCAUGUUAUUAAUUUCAAGAUUUUAAAUUUAUAUUUAUAGAGGUGUUAUACUCGUUUAAAUAAUAUUUAAUCAAUCUUUAAUCAAUUGUCUUGAAAAAAAAAGGAAAUAGAUGAUGUAUAUAAAUACAAAUUCUUUAUUUUGCCUCGUUUGGAUAAAAUAAUUUGUAAACGCGUGAUUAUGUAUAGAUAGUACAAAAAAAUUGAAAUUUAUAAAAAUAAAAUUCAUUGUCACAAUAGAGUGCAAUUAUAGGUGACAUUUAUACGGUUUAUUGAUGGUCAUUUAACAUACGAGCUAUUGUGUAAAACGUAUCCAUAGUUAUAAAAGAGGAAGGAAGUAAAUUUAAUAAAUUUAAUAAACUUCCGAAAACUUGAAAGAUCUCUUGCACUGAUGUAUCUUGCAUUAUUACUUAAAACAAAAAAAAAAAAAAAUAAAAAAAAGAAAGAUAAAA